AUGUAAUGCUCAAGCUUAUUUAGAACAGAAGAAAAAUUAGAUACUGAAAAUCAGGUUCAUUCAGUUAGAUCUCUUUUGAAAAGUUGUGAUUAAGAUUAAGAAGCCAUCUUAUAUGAAAUAUAGAAUUUUAAGUAAAUUAAAAAUAAUGAUCAAAGAAGUGUUAUGAGUCUUCUAUUUGAUUCUAAAAACAAGUAAGUUUUUAUUGUUAUUCAUAUUGUAUAGACCUAAUUAAACUUGUAAUAUUGGACCUAGAAUAAGAACUAAUAGUUUACAAUCUAAUAAACCUGUAAUGAAUAUCAAAGAAGAAAGUCCAAUAUUUAUUGAAAGUCAAAUUUCUAAUGAACAUCCUGGAUUUACUAAUAAAAUUUGGAGAGCAAAAGCGUUAGAGAUCUUGAUGAUAACUCUGAGAUUCAUUAGUUUUAUCACAAAAUCAAAUUUUGCUACUAGUUUUAAAUUAAUCAACAAAAAUGUUUUUGAAAUAAUAGGUGAUGUAUCAGCUGACUUUUCAUAUUACUUAUUAAAAAAUUUCUUUAAAUAUGAAGUAAUAUAUGUUUGAAUAAAUCUAAUUAUAGAAACCAACAGGAUUUUAAAAAGUAAAACAUUUUUUGAAUUAAAAAAUAUUGGUUCCAAUACGUAGAACUAAAUUACUAAAGAUUUAUUGUGGAAAUUAGAAAUUAAUAAUGAGACCUGAGUCUUUGGCUUCAAUUUGGUGGAAUAUAUAUAUACUUACAAUUUUGAAUAUUAAUGUACUUUAUGUAUCAGCUAAAAUUGCAUUCAAAUUUGAUGAAGAAUCAAACGAUAUUUUUUAUUAAGCCAGAUAAAUUAUGUUUGAUGUAUUACCAUCAUAUUCAUUUAUGCUUGAAAUAUUAUUGAAAUUUAAUACAUGUUACUAUUAUAAAGGAGCAGUAAUUGAAAAUCGAUAUUAAAUUGCUAAAAAUUAUUUAUAAUCAUGUAAAAAUAUUAUUAUUAUAUAUAAUAGCAUUCUUCUUUGAUAUCUUUGUAAUUAUUCCCUAUUUUAUAAGUUUAAGAUUUGAUUUGUAAUAUUUGGAUCUAGUAAUUAUUUUGAAAGUGUUUUAAAUAACCAAAUUUUCUAGAACACUUUUUGAUAGAUUAGAAUUGACAGCAAUAUAAAUUGUUAUAGUUGAUUUAGUUAAAUUAGUAUACACUAUUUUAGCAGCAGCUCAUUUCUCAGCUUGUGUUUGGUUUUUAGUAGGAUCUACAGGAAAUCCUAAUGAGAUAUCUUGGAUUAAAGCUUAAAAUAUAGAAAAUGAAUACUGGUUUAAUUAAUAUUUACAUUCAUUUUAUUGGAGUAUCAUAACAAUGACUACAAUUGGAUAUGGUGAUAUUACUCCUUAGAAUUUAAGAGAAAGAGUAUUUGCUGUUGGAAUGGCUUUAUCUGCAGUAGGAGUAUUUGGUUAUUCUAUUGGUAAUAUUAAUUCAAUAUAUGCUGAAUGGAGUAGACAAAGCUUUUAGGUAAGAACUGAUAUGAAUAACCUUAAAAAAUUCAUUAGAAUUAAAGGGAUUAAUAAACAUUUAGCUGAGAAAAUAAGAAAAUACUUUGAAUAUGUAUGGAGUGAUUAGAUGGAAGAUAAUGAUAGAGAAGUAUAUAAAUUUAGUGAAUUGAUUCCAAAAUAAUUAGCAGAAGAAAUGAAAAUAGAUACAAAUAUGAAAUUAAUAUCAAAGAAUAGUUUUCUUGUGAAUAAUUUUAGUGAAUCAUUUUUGAUAUCUUUAUCAAAAGCAAUGGUAGAAGAAAAAUAUGUACCUGAAUAAACAAUAUAUUAAGUAAAAUAAUUUAAUAUUAAAUAGUAAAAUGACCCUAGUAAUUAUCUUUAUAUUUUAUCAAAUGGAGAUCUUUCAUUUUAUAUAAAAUUAAAUAAUAAAUAAUAAACAAUAAAAGUAUUGGAAACAAUAAAACAUGAAGGAUAAGCAUUUGGUGUUUUAGAAUUCUUUUAAUCAUAAGCAUAUUAAAUGUCUUGUAAAUCAAACUAAUUUUCCUAUGUAUUAAAAAUUGAUAGGUCUCAAUUUAUAGAAAUAAUAUCUUAACAUUAAAAUGAUUAUGUAAUUUAAAUCAAAUAUAUGAUUAGUAUAAAUAUUGUGAAUUGGUUCAAUAAAUCUCAUUUAUGAACAAAUAAGAAUUAGUAGAUGUAACAUGUAGAGCUUGUAAUAAAUCAACACAUAUUAUUCUUGAAUGCCCGUAAUUAUUCUAUAUUAUAUUAGUAUGGUAUGUGGUUAUCCAAAUAGAUCCAAAGUAUUACUAAAUUAUAGAAGGAAUGUUCCUUCUGAUAGAGUUAAAUAUUCAAGAAAAUUAGAACCAAAAAUUCAAACAAGAAGAGAAUCAUAAGAUAUAUAAAACAGUAUCUAUUUGUAUAUGUGCAAAACAUAAAUAUUGUAGGAAUAAAUAGAUGAAUAAUAACUCAUUGCAGAUAGUGGUGAUGGUAUUCAUCAUUUAUAUUAAUAAUUUAAUAGGAGCUAGUGGUAUAGAUGAUGCAAAUGAUGAAAUUCUUUAAUAGUCUGAAAAAUUGAAUAAAGAAAUUUAAAGUAAUACAUUACUCAUUUCAGCACUUUAAUAAAAAUCUAAAUGUUAGUUAAAGAGGAAAUUAUCAUUUUAAGCUUGUACAGAUGCAUUAAAAGAUGAUGAAAUAGUAUAUAUUAUUAUUAUAAAUCUAUAGAGAGAUAAAAUCUUAGAAAUAAUUAAUAAGAUUUAGAGAGCAGAAAGAUCUAAUAAAUAUUUGAGUCGUUUCAAUUAAGGACCUUAGUAAUUGUAACCGAAUUUUAGAUUCUAAAAUCCUCAAAAUACUAUUCUUAGUAAUAAGAGUAUUUAAGAAUCAGAUAAGAAAAUUGCAGAAAGAGGAGAUUAAAAGAAAUAAACAAAAUAAGUAGGACCUUAAAUAAAAGUUAAUGAUUUCUCUAUUGAUCAAAUAUAUGCUAAUAAAACUUUAGAUGAAGAUCCAGGAAAAAAGUUAGGAUAAUAUUUGGAUAUUUUUGAAGGAUUUGAGAAAGUUAGAAUUUUUGAAUAUUUUCUAAGACAUAAUAAUGCUAAUGAAAUUGCUAGAUUAAAUAAGAUUAUGAAUAAAAAUCAUAGAAAACAUAAAUAAAAUAAAUGA